CGAUCUUACUUACUUUGAAUAUAACAUCUCUGUAAAUAACUUGAGCCUUCUGUCAGUCCAAAUAUUUUCGUUUCUUUUCUUAUUUUUUUCUUUUUUUGUUUUCUUUCGAAAAAAUCUAAAUUCAAAAUGUGCGAAUUGAACGAGAGGAUUUAUUGUAUUCUAGUUGCAUUGAUGGCGUAUGUCGUGGGCAUUCCGGAGUGCAUAUUCAAGUACUACCUGCUAGCUAACAAUCCACAAUUCAAUUUCUGGUAUCUGGGUUUCCUGAUCGCAUGGAGCUUGAUAUUCAUUGCAGCCAUAUUUUUAAUUGUGGGCGUACUAUUGGAUAAAUAUAACAUGGUGAUGACCUGGUUAAUAGUUGCCAUCAUUUUCGGAGUUAUUGUCAUCAUUUUUAAAGUAUGGGAACUGUUAUUCGUAUGGAAGGAUUGGGGAAUAAUAUUUGGUAUAAUAUCGAUUGUAUUUUACGGUGCGUUAAUAUUUUGUUUUCUUUACUACCCAUAUCUUUACCAAAGCACUCUGGAAAGUGAAGGAAUCUAAUAGUCAUGGUAUAGCGUUCAGUUUGCACAAAUGUAUUAUUAAAAUAUG